GAAAGACAGCUAUCCACUUUGCGGCUUCAAUUCAUCACUGAUUUACCAAUUGUGCAGUGACUUCAAAGCGACACUACGGGAAAAAAAAUACGUAGUCGUUGUAUAGUCGCGAAUUGCCUCUCAACAUAUCUACUACUUUCGAAUCAGUGAUACUAUAAUGGAUAUCUACACGAACGACGAAGUUGCCCGUCACAAUAACGCCAAGGAUCUAUGGAUCGUGAUACACGGUAAAGUCUAUAAUAUCACCAAGUUCCACAAGGAACAUCCUGGCGGUGAGGAUUUGCUGUUGGAAUUAGCGGGGAAAGAUGCGACAAAACGUUUCGAAGCCAUCGGUCACAGUAAUGAGGCGAUUCUUUUGCGCGAGAAUUAUAAAAUCGGAGAGAUAGUGGACAGUGUAAACUCCGAUAAAUCGAGAACGACACAUACAGAAAUAAAAGAACCGAUGGAGGAUAAUCAAGUAGAUUGGCACCAUCAAAAACCGAACAAAGAACAAGCGUCGUCCUGGCCCUCGAUGAUCAUGUGUUUCUCUUUCAUAAUUUAUGCUGCAAUAAUUUACUACUGGUUGAGAAAGCUAGUAUUCUAAGGCGAUUCACGUGCGCAAUUGAUUAAUUUUAGCAUAACGCUA